AUGGAAAAAUGUAAUUUAAAUUCGGGAGAUAAACUUUUGGUUUUAGUUUAUGAAGAUGGAAAUUCAUACAACAAAAACUUCGUAAGAUUAUUAUAUUAUAUUAAUAAUCAUUAUUACUUUUUUAUUUAAUUACGAAAUAUUUUAUUCGAUAUAUGUAAAUCCGAAUGUAAGAUUAAUAAAAUAUAUAUAUCCAAAAUUUUAAAGAAUUUUCAAGUUAUAUGAUUAUAUUUUGCAUUCUCUCGUAAAUUUGAAAAGCGCAAUAUGUUAUUCUAAAAAUAAAAUGAAAAAAUGUUUUAUGUGUUCAUAUAUAUUACUAAUUUUUAAUCAUUUAAUUUUAAUGAUUUUGUAAUUUAUUAUUUACAGAGAAAUAAAUUUGUAACAUCUAACAUUAAAGAUUGUUUUAGAGAAUAUUCUUCAGAAGAUAAAGUUGAAGCUUUAAAAAAUAUACUUGUUCAUAAUGAAAAACAUAUACAAAAAUUAUUAUCACACACAGAUAAUAUACAUAAAGUUAAACAAACAAUUAGUGUGAAAGAAUGUUUACAACCAUAUGAAGAAACAUCAUUUCAAACAAUCAUUUCUGAAUUAAGAAAUACUGUUAUGAAUAGUUAUUGGAACAAAGAAGUUGGUAAAAAACGUUAUCAAAUUCCAAAUUUACCAAUAGGUAUGAAUCCACUAGAAGUAACUUUUGGAAAAAAACUUAAGUCUGGAGAAACUGUGGCUGAUCUUUUUACAGAAAAAAUAAUAGAAAGUGAUAUUCCAAAACAGAAUAUUUUUGAAAUGUAUAAAAAAAGUCAUAAUAGUUAUUUACCUGCGGAACAAAUUAAAAGACAUUAUAACAAACCAUUUGAUGAAAAUUUACGCUUUGGAAAAUUAUUGAAUGCUAAUACCAAAGGUGAACGAUUAAAAAAUCUUCUAACAUGGAUUAGUGCAGAUUGUAAUCAUUCACGUUCUAGUAUUGGUGAAGUAAAAGAUUUAAUAGACAUGAUACAUAAUGAUAAUGUAUAUGAGAGGAAGAAAACAUCUGAAAUAUUGAAUAUUUUAAGUGACUGUCCUAUAAGUAAUGAAGUAGUAGUACAACAAAGUUAUUUACAAUAUAUAAAUAGUUUACGUCAGAAAUUAAAGAAAUAUAUUCCAGAAAUAUCAUUUUUCGACAUUUAUGAAGAUUUAUUAUCUCUUGAUAAAGAUUUUACAGACAUUUUACCAGAAGAUAAAGUUUUUUCUAUUUUAGCUAGCCAUAAAAUACAUAUAAAUAAAACAUUCUUGAUACCUCUGUUAGAUCUUCUUCAAAUACGUAAGAACAGUGAUAUAAAAUAUGAAGAGUUACUAAAUCUUUUAAACUGGAAAUAUGAUUUUCCUAUCUUACCAAAAAUAGAAAAUAUUCCAACAGCAGGAAUUUCUUAUGAAAAUUUGGAUAGAUCUACUGCUUAUAGUCUUAUACUUCCAAAUAUUUUUACAAAACAUGGUCUUAGCCCAACGGAUCUUUCUAAACUUCGAACUAAACAAGAAAUAAAAAACAUUUUCGAAGCUAUUGGAAUCCAAUUCCCCAAUAACAAUUUUGAUUUUCUUUGGAAAAAGGGAUUAGAAAAAAGCAACACGGAUAACGUAUCAGUAGAAAUUUUUGGAAAUUUGCUUCAUCAAUAUGAUGAUUUAAUUGAAGAAAAAGAUAAUUAG